GUCUGCUAGUAGUAGCCAAAACACAAAUUGCUUUCUCUUUCAUCUCAUAAGCGUGACUUUCACUGGAAUUUUCCAACUCUACUCAGCACGGCUCUGAUAUUUUUGGUAUUUGUCUUACUCACUCAAUCUGAAACUCUUUUUUGUCGUUUUCUCAUGCAUCCCUCGAGGAAUUACACCGGCGAAGCGCCGUCGGAGUUGCGGUGGCAGAGGGGGAAAAUGUUGCCGGUGAAGAGGGAGGUAGACCUUGAAAACUUUUCCGAUGAAGAACGCUGCAAACUCGACAAGCGAUUCAAGCUUUCCUCUUCUCUGCAACAGCAACUGGGUGAAGGAGCUUGUAAUUUUACUGUUUCAUCAUCGUUCAUGUCGGUAGAUGAACCCAGUCCAUUAGGUUUGCGGCUAAGAAAGACCCCAUCACUGUUGGAUAUGUUCCAAACGAUGCUUGGGGGCACCUCCAUGGUGGAAAGUCUUGGAAAGAAGGAGCAGAAAAGAAGCACUGCAAUGAUAGAAAAGCUCAAGGCCUCGAAUUUUCCUGGUUCAGUUCUGAGAAUUGGAACCUGGGAGUAUAAGUCGAGAUAUGAAGGAGAUUUGGUUGCAAAAUGUUACUUUGCCAAGCAUAAACUUGUAUGGGAAGUCCUUGAUGGUGGUCUCAAGAAUAAGAUAGAGAUCCAGUGGUCUGAUAUUAUAGGGUUGAAGGCAAAUUACCCAGAUGAUGCACCAGGAACCUUGGAUAUAGUGCUGGCAAGGCAACCUCUUUUCUUUAGGGAGACAGAUCCACAACCCAGAAAGCACACACUUUGGCAAGCUACUUCAGAUUUUACUGACGGACAGGCUAGCAUACACAGGCGACAUUACUUAGAGUGUCCGCAUGGAUUGUUGGGAAAGCAUAUUGAAAAGCUUGUGCAAUGUGAUCCUCGUCUCAACUUUCUGAGUCAACAAGCAGAGAUAACUCUAGAUUCUCCUUAUUUUGAAUCCCAGAUGUCAGGUUUUGAAGACACACAUGAAAGGGACCGUGAAUUUGAUCUGAAUAAUGAAGGGAGUCCGAAUUUUAUUGACUAUACUUCACCUUCUGGAGCUCAGUGUUCCUCCAAAAGUAAGCAAGAUCCUAGACCUUUGGAAUGUAUUCACCAAGAAAAGCCAUCCCCAAGAUCAGGGGCGAGUGAUGAUAUGGGAAGUAGGGAAGUGGAGCAACGGAAAGGGCUCAGUAACCUCAAUCAACUCAGAGUGUCUGGAAUACAUCCCUCCGUGUCAAUGAGUGAUUUAGUGAGCCAGCUUGAGCAACGUGUAUCAGAGCAGACGACACUUAAAGUCAUCAACCUUGCCAGUGAUGAACGACCAAGGUCGGAAAUCCUGGAAGAGAUCUCCCAAUCCUUGCUUAGUGACACUCAAAAUGUGUCAUCAUCAGAUGAGAAAUCUCUUAUGUCAAGGGUUAAUUCUCUGUGCUGCCUCCUCCAAAAGGAUCCUGCAACAGCUCAAGCGAGUGAGAACUGUGGUGAUGUGUCGGAUGAAAGAAGAGUUAAUGAAAUAAAUUUCAUUCCCACCGCACCGCUUGGAAGAAAAGAUGUAGAAGAUUCUUCUAUGCCAGAGGAUGAAUCAGCUGAUCUCUCUAGUUGCAAGCCGACUUCAACAAUGUCAAGGAAGGACUCUGUCGGUGAUCUGUUGCUGAAUCUUCCUAGGAUAGCAUCACUGCCCCACUUUUUGUUCUUAUGCGAUGAUUCUGCAGGUAACCAGGCUAGAUAGUCUUAGCUCAAGUCUACAUCAGGUAACCAUCGCAAAGGAUGGCUGUAGUUUCUCUUGUAUAUAUUGAAAAGCUAUGUUAGCAACAGUACUGUCCAGUUUAGGACUUGAAACUUUGAUGCAUCAUUGUUCAUGGAUAGAAUUAGACUGUUUUCGUGCGUUUGUACAAAACUUAGUGCUGUGGAAGUUUUCCAAUGCGUUCCUGCUUGUCA